CUUAACACUGGUAGAAAUCAAUGAGGGAAUUUGACAAAAACUAUUUCAAGUUUAACAUGUCUUGUCAAAUUAUUCUCACUUUAUGACUAUUUAGGAUCGAUCCAUGAUCUGGAUGAGGUAUUCUUUAAAUGGUGUUAUUACUGUUAUAUAGUAGCAUUGAAUAAAGAAUUACCGUUAUCAGAGAAUUCUUGUUUUUGUCUGAACUACUUUUGUAAGCCGUAGGAAAUACAAUUAUAUAAUACCCUAAAGGCCAAAAACAAAUUUACUGAUUGAAAAGAGCAAUAGUGUUUAAAAAAAAAAAAAAAAAAAAAAAAAAAAAAAAAAAAAAAAAAAAAAGCAAUAGUGUUAAUAUCAUAGAGAUGAUCAAGUGAAAUAGAGUAUCAAAUUUUAAUAAUGAGAUCACAUUUACCGAUUUCUACCCUUUUCCCCAAAGGAAGAACUCUAAUAAAAAUUAAAAGCACUAUAAAAGAAGAAAAGCCCACCUCAAAAAAUAAAAUAAAAUAAAAAAGCAAGUUUAUCUGCUCAUGAAAGUUUAACUGAAAUUUGAUUAUUUGAUUCUUAGUCAAAUUCUAUCUCAUCAGUCAUCACCAAAAGAAUUCUAAUCUCAGCAUAAAACCCUCUUUACGAUAUAUUUAAUCCUCUGUCAAAUAAAAUAAAAGAUAUAUUUCUAUAAAAAUAAGAGUAAUAAAUUCAACUAAUGAAUACUAUUUCAAUGUUAAAAAUGAAGAUGGGUAUUUUAAUUUUGAAGCUUUUCAUAAUUUUGAAUUCAUGGGUUUAUCUUGGAUCCGGUCAUAGACCCGAUUCUGGUGAACAACCACUUUCAAAAAUUAAUAUUUUGAGUACUAUUCUUGCUAUUAAUCCACAUGCCUCCAUUAAUGCUGCUCCGAUUCUUCUGGGUUUAAAGGGUGAAGACACUGAAUGGGUGGACGUAACCCUUCAGGCCCCAAACCCGUCUUCAGAUGAUUGGAUUGGAGUUUUCUCUCCUGCAAAGUUCAACUCAUCAACCUGUUAUUCAGAAACUGAUUUGAAAGAUCAAAAACCAUAUUUAUGCUCAGCACCAAUAAAGUACAUGUUUGCAAACACCUCCAACUCAGAUUACACAAACAAUGGAAAAGCCAAUCUGCGUUUCCAGCUGAUCAAUCAACGUGCUGAUUUCUCAUUUGCUUUGUUUUCAGGCGGCUUGUCCAAUCCCAAACUGGUGGCAGUUUCAAAUUCUGUAACAUUUGCAAACCCUAAAGCACCACUUUAUCCACGUCUUGCUAUAGGGAAGUCAUGGGAUGAGAUGACUGUAAGCUGGACAAGUGGCUACAAUAUGGAUGAGGCUGUUCCUUUUGUCCAGUGGGGCCCUCUAGACUCAAGUCCAAAGCGAGCACCAGCUGGAACAUUGACAUAUACGCGCAACACCUUAUGUGGUGCGCCUGCAAGGACAGUUGGUUGGCGCCAUCCGGGCUUUAUACAUACAAGUUUCCUGAAGGAUUUGUGGCCAAAUCAACUAUACAUGUACAGGAUGGGCCAUAUCUUGUCCAAUGGUUCAUAUGUUUGGAGUAAGACAUAUUCAUUCAAAGCUCCUCCUUCUCCUGGGCAAGACUCAUUGCAACGUGUUAUAGUAUUUGGCGACAUGGGGAAGGCAGAGCGUGAUGGAUCGAAUGAAUACAGUAACUAUCAGCCAGGAUCACUCAACACUACAGACCAACUCAUCAAAGAUAAAAAAAACUUUGAUAUAGUAUUUCAUAUAGGAGAUUUAUCAUAUGCAAAUGGAUAUCUCUCACAAUGGGACCAAUUCACCUCUCAGGUGGAACCUAUUGCAUCAGCUGUUCCGUACAUGGUUGCAAGUGGUAAUCAUGAACGUGAUUGGCCAGAUACUGGAUCAUUCUAUGGCAAAACUGAUUCAGGUGGAGAAUGUGGUGUGCCAACACAAACCAUGUAUUAUGUUCCAGCAGAGAACAGGGAUAAGUUCUGGUAUAAGGUAGACUAUGGAAUGUUCCGCUUCUGCAUAGCAGACAGUGAGCAUGACUGGAAGGAGGGAACUGAGCAGUACAAAUUCAUUGAGCACUGCCUUUCAACAGCAGAUAGGCAGAAGCAACCUUGGCUCAUCUUUGCUGCUCAUCGUGUUCUUGGUUAUUCAUCGGACAAAUGGUAUGGGCUACAGGGCUCGUUUGAAGAGCCAAUGGGUAGAGAAAGCCUUCAAAAGCUAUGGCAGAGGUACAAAGUUGAUAUUGCAUUUUACGGACAUGUACAUAACUAUGAAAGGUCGUGCCCAAUAUACCAGAAUCAAUGUGUAAAAUCGGAGAAGUCUCAUUACUCAGGCAUUGUAAACGGAACCAUCCACGUCGUUGCAGGUGGUGGAGGAAGUCACUUAUCAGAAUUCAGUGAAGUGAAUACUACUUGGAGUAUCUACAAGGACUAUGAUUUCGGAUUUGUGAAGUUAACUGCAUUCAACCAUUCAUCUCUACUUUUCGAGUACAAGAAGAGCAGAGACGGCAAUGUCUAUGAUUCCUUUACGAUAUCUAGAGAUUAUAGAGAUGUUUUGGCUUGUGUUCCUGAUGGCUGUGAAUCAACUUCCAUGGCAUCUUAAAUUUUCAGAAACUGACAUAUAUACAAUAUAAAAAAUGGAUGACUGAGAAAUUUUAAAGGGACUAUUGUUUGUAUAGCUAGGAAGAAUUAAUUGCAUACCUAAAGGAUAUUGAUAGUCAUAUACUCAUAUAAUUGGAUUUCACAAAUGCGCAUUUUUUAGACACCAGUUACAU